AUGCCGGCGAACCUUUGGUACAACUUGGGGUCUCAAACCCAAGUAUAUCAAAUGGAUUUACACAACUGUUGUUCGUCCAAUAUUGGCUUAUGGAUGUCUUGUGUGGUGGCAAAAGGGCGAAGUGAGAACGGUCCAAUCAAAAUUAGGCCAUCUCCAAAGGAUGCGAUGUCUGGAGCGUUCUCUUCAACGCCUACGGCAGCGCUCGAAGUUCUCUUUGACGUUGCCCCACUACACAUUCAUCUCAAACAAGAAGCACUUUCUUGCACUUACCGUCUAUGGGUACUCGGUUUACUAGAGGAAACUCCUGUGAACCGCAGUUCAACACACACCUCGUUGUUUCCACUUUUGGUGAAUUGGGACAAAGUUGUCCUUGCUCCAAGUGAUCUUACAAUUGCUUGUAAUUUUCCAUAUAGGACAUUUUCCACGAAAUUCCCUUCCCGGGAAGAGUGGACAUCUGGUUAUCUGGAGAGAAGUAUUUCAGACGGCAUCGUAUGUUACACUGAUGGCUCCUUUCUCGAAGGUCGAGCAGGUGCUGGUGUUCAUUCUCGUGAGCUAAGGCUGUAUCAGUCUUACUCACUUGGUAGAUACUGCACCGUUUUUCAGGCCGAAAUCUUUGCUCUUAUGUGCGGAGUGCAAUCAGCACUUCAGCAGCACGUAAUGGGCAAAGUAAUAUACUUCUGUUCAGAUAGCCAGGCUGCUAUUAAAGCACUUGCUUCGGCCAACUCCAGGUCGAAGAUAGUUAUCGCUUGUCGAACUCAAAUCGAGGAGCUGAAUUCAGCAAACGCUGUUCACCUUCUAUGGGUACCUGGCCAUUCUUCCAUCGCUGGAAAUGAAUUGGCUGAUGAGUUAGCUUGCACUGGAGCAUCACAUGACUUCAUUGGCCCUGAGCCAGCUAUUCCGGUAUCCAAGUGUUGGGUAAAGCUUCAGAUUGACACCUGGGCUGCCACUCAGCACAAACAAUACUGGAAUAGUUUGGAGUCAUGUCGUCAAACAAAAUUGUAUUGUACUGAGCCAUCUCUAGGGGUGGCAAUAUAUCUAACAAAUCUGUCAAAGCAGAAUUGCAGCAUGCUGGUCAAAGCAUUGACUGGCCACUGCCGACUCAGUUAUCACAUGGCGAAUAUUCAGCAAGCUGAUUCAUUUGCCUGUGAUAGCUGUGAAUCCGAUUAUGGAACUUCGUAUAAUUUAAUAUGUAACUGUCCAGUUUUUGCGCAAUUGCGUUUCCGAGUACUCGGGAAACACUUAUUAAGUGAAACUGACUUCAGAAACCUGAAUCUUCAGGACGUUCUGUUGUUCUUGACCCGCUGUGGUAAAGAGCUAUAG